CCCGAGGGCGACGGCAUGAAGCGGGUGAGCUGGCAGGUGGCCGUGGGCACGGCCGUGGGCCUGGCACUGGCGCUGGAGGCUGUGCCGGCCUUGCUGCGCUGGCUGCAGGGUCGGAAGAAGCGACGCCCGCGGCGCGAGGUCCUCUUCUUCCCGUCCCAGGUGACCUGCACCGAGGCGCUGUUGCAGGACUCAGGUGCGGCCCCGAGACGGAGACCUCCACUAGCGGCGUCCGCAGCGUCGGCGCCCUCCGAGCCGGCCGUGGGCUGCCCGUGCAGCUUGCCUCACGGCGAGAGCUCGCUGAGCCGCCUGCUGCGGGCCCUGCUGGAAGCCAAGGCCACCCUGGAGCUGUGCCUCUUCGCCUUCUCCAGCCCGCAGCUGGGCCGCGCCGUGCAGCUGCUGCACCAGCGCGGGGUGCGCGUGCGCGUCAUCACCGACUGCGACUACAUGGCCCUCAACGGCUCCCAGAUCGGCCUCCUGCGCAAGGCGGGUAUCCAGGUUCGCCAUGACCAAGACCUCGGCUACAUGCACCACAAGUUUGCAAUAGUGGACAAGAAGCUGCUGAUAACCGGUUCUCUCAACUGGACCACACAAGCCAUUCAGAACAAUAGAGAAAACGUUCUGAUUAUGGAAGAUGAAGAGUAUGUGAAGCUUUUUCUGAAAGAAUUUGAGCGUAUCUGGGAAGAGUUUAACCCUACAAAGUAUACCUUCUUUCCACAGAAGAAAAGCCAGUGAAGCUAUGUUCUCCGCUUGGACUUCAGAGUCCAAGGCAAAUGAGGCAAAUGAUGAUUCACAUGGUAAAACUGAUGUCUCUGGUCAAACUACACCGAACUUUCAGACUGAGAAAGGGACUCCAGAGCAGCCUUAGCCCACAGGAGCUGCUCUGGUUUGGGUGCUGGAUGUUGCCUUCUACAUGAGAGAAUCCUUACAAUUAGAGAGAAAUUCAACACUAAAGUCUUGUUCACCAAAACACUAAAGUAAAGA